CGCCUCACAAACAAGAAAAUGUUUUCAAAAUGGCGGAUCAGUUAACAUAUACUGUAGCUUCUACUUUUUCUACAAUUUUCAUCUUAUUAUUAAUCAUAUGUUCAGCACAAGGAAAAGAAGAUUCAGUAAAAGCAAAAGCAGAUGAGAAGGAGCAUGAACCAGGGAUUCAAACUAAAGAAUUGUCAAAAGCUAAGGAGCCUGUAGGCCAAACAACUUCGAAAUUUAAAGCAGACACAGCACAAGCCUCUAACAAUGGGUCUAAGCAGGAGGACUGGUCUACAGCUCCAGCUGAGAACAUUCUCUUUCCAGAGACCUACCUUUCUUCCAUCAAGCGGGUGCUCGAAAAUACAUCAAUGCAAUCCAAUUCGUCCCAACCAAUCACAAAGAAUGGACUAGGUAAGAAAGUAUCUUCAAAUGGUGAGAAAUCCGUGAAAGGUAGUGUAGAUGAAGAGGAAGAUGCUGAAGACAACGCAAGCAAAGUCCGCCUGGAAAAGGAACACGAGUCUACUAAAAAUAAAACUGGUGGCCAGUGCUCAAAGGCUGUUGAUCUCAUCUUUCUUUUGGAUAGUUCAGAAAGUGUAAAGUAUGAGAACUGGAAUCAAGUACUCACCUUUGUGAAGCAUCUUUGUGACCGAUUUUCAUUGAGUCUCACCAGACUUGCAAUUAUUCGCUAUGAUUCUGAGGCAGAGAUCGCCUUGCCUCUCACACAUUUUCCAGACACUCUAAGCAGAGACCUUGCGAUAGACAACAUUUACUAUAAAACAGGUGGCACUCGUACUGAUGUUGCCUUGGAAAAAUGCAUUGAAAUGCUGCACACUGUAGAGAGAAGAAAGGCAAGCCAGGUUUUAAUACUGGUCACUGAUGGUCCAUCUAAUAAAUUGGAAAUAAAUCGAAAUAACUUUGUAGAGGGUAAAGAUUUGGUGCAUGCUCCAGCACAGCUUUUAAAAGAGGAAGGAGUUGCACUCUUUGCAAUUGGAAUUGAGCCAGACAGCCAAACACCAAAGGAGAGAACUGAUAUGAAAGAGGAAUUGCAAGUGAUUGCCUCUGACCCAGUCAAAUCUCACAUCUUUGUUGCAGAUGGAUACCGUGAAUUGGAAAGAAAAGUAGUAUCCAUUAGUAAAGCUGCUUGUGUUGUAAAUGGUGGGUGGAGUCUGUGGUCAGAAUACAGUCCUUGUAGUGUGACAUGUGGCAGUGGCACAAAAGUGAGAAUGAGAACUUGCACAAACCCCGUGCCAGAAAACAAUGGUGCUGAAUGUACUGGGGUACGAGUUGAGACACAAAGCUGUGACAUGGGUCCAUGUUCAGCUCUCUCAUCACAAGUGGGUCAAAUUCUUAAACUUUAUUCAACUGGAACUACAUCCCCACUUGCCCCAGGACAAAGCACCAGUUCUGGUGUGACACAAAAUGGUCAGCAGAAUGUUGUGGAAGAAAGUCAGCUGAGUUCUAAAAAGUCAGCCUGUCCUGGAGGGUAUGAAGAGAUUCCUGUCCAAGAUGAUCAGUUAACUGCAUCUUCAGUCUUUGCUGGGAAUAAAACAGAACAUGACUCAGAACGAGAAUAUGCAGCAACAAACUCAAGGAUAAACAAUUCUGUCAACAAGGGCUCUUGGUGUGCUGGUCAAAAUGUCACUGCUCCAAUGGAUAGUCAAAAUCAGUUUCUGCAAAUUGACUUGAAAAAAACGGAUUUGAUAGGAAUGAUUGCAACACAGGGUAGUCAUUCAAUGGAUAGAUGGGUUAAAUCAUACUUUUUAAGAUACAGUGAAGAUGGGUCACACUGGAAUUUUUACAAUAACAAGACCGCAUUGACUGGCAACACAGACCGAGACGGCGUUGUCAAGACAACCCUCAACCCACCAGUAAGAGGGAGGUUUUUCCAAAUCAACCCGCAAGAGUGGAAUGAAGAAAAUAGCAACCAGUCACUACCUAAUAUCUGUCUGAGGACAGGUGUUUUCCGUUGCAACGUAAAAGAAAUUCAAAAAAGGAAUAUAGUGCCUGGAAAGACGAGGAGAGUGCACAUGCACAUCACAAAACACAGAGGGCAAGAGUUAACGCGGAGAAGUCCCUUCAAUGUAUCAAAUGGUGCCAAAAGGAUUUUGAAUAAGCUCAGAAGAAUGGCAAAACAUAUUGUUAAGAAAAUGAAAAACAGAGCAGGGUCAGUUCCAUUAGGCUAACCUACCUUAACUAGUUUAAUCGACUUAUCAAUAAGUAAAGAUUUGUGUCAUGUAGAUAAAAACAAAAUUUUGGGUUUAUUGCAAAGUUUUGAUUUAGGUACUUAAAUCAGCUAUUGAAUGCCGACGCUCUCUCUGAUGAUUUGUUGACUAGAUCAACUGUUCAACUGAUUUUUGUCUUAUGUAAAGUUGAUAUAAGAAUGUUAUUUCUUCGUGCAUCGUUGCAGAAAGAAUGUAGUUUUAAAAUGUAAACAUAAGUUGUCCGCUCAAGAAGAUGCUGACACUAUCUGUCUAAAUGCGUAAUAAUUUGUGUCUUUACAUCUUUGUGUCUGUAAGCUAGUAAAGUCAAACUAAGCCCUGAAAAUUUAGCCCCCUUUCUCAAGUUUUGUUCCGUGUAGGCAUGGCAACAAAUCUCAUCAUUCGCAACAUAGAAAACUCUCAUCAAAUCUAUUGAUACAAGGCUUCAACUGUUUUUUAAGAUAAUUCUAGAUUAGGGAUAAUGUUUCUCAGGGUAUUUCCAAGAUUUACACCGACAGAUUCGUCAUUAAGUAACAAAGUAAGGCCUAAUAUUCCCAUGUUCAAAUACAAUACUGGCAUACCGGUUUCUUUAUUCAAAGGUAGAUCAACAAUGGUUUCCAUUCUUCAGUUUUCCUCAUUAAGCACUGCCUUUAUCAACUUGUCUGUAAAUUGAGCCCUAUUUGGGAAACCCAGGUUUACGAAAUGCGACGAAAAUCACUUCAUAGGACCAGCAGAGGUUGGCUAAAUAUGAAUAAUGUUUCAAAAUCUGGGCGACAAAUUUCAAUUGAUUAUUAGUGACGCAAACUCUAUACAGAACUAAGCCUUGUUAAAUUAUGUAUAGAUUAGCAAAAAAGAAUUUUGAAAUUGAGAAAGAAACCACUUUUGCUUUCCUAUUGUUAGAAAUAUGUCGCAUCAAUUAUGAAACAAACUUUCAUCUUUUGUCAAAAUCUGUUGUUCCUUUGUCGUGACUUACGUUGCAUUUUUAUACCAUAACUUACUGUGUUUUGUGCAGGCAGGUCUGUGAGAGAAAAAAUUGCUUGCGCUGUAAGGUUUAGUUUUUUUCACUUCAGAACCCAUUUUUCAAGCGAGAAAAUUUACAAAAUAAUUAAGAUGUGUAUUAUUUAGAAAUACUAUAGUAUUUAUAAGUAAACUGUUUUCUUUUUAUCUUCUAUUGUUAUUGAUUGUAUUACAUAGCGUGUAUUUUUAACAUUUUAUAGAAGUAUAUUUAUUUUCCGGAAAUAUAGUAACAUUGCAUC